AAAAAAAUCAAAUUUAAAAUAAUACUAAAAUCCGGGAAAUAAAAUCGGUUGCGUUGUCGAUGAGUGGACUCUGAAGCAGAGCCAUGGCGAGUUCAGAUCCUCACAAGUUGAUGACCAAAGCUGACAAACUGACAAAGCUCAGUCUUACAAGAUGGAGUGCUGAUUGGAAAAGUGCUACUCAAUUGUAUGAGCAGGCUGCUAAUGGGUAUAGGGUUGCCAAGGAUUAUGAGAAAGCUAAUAUUGCGUUUGAGAAAGCUUCAAAAGGGCAAGAGAUGCUCUCUUCACCCUGGGAUGCUGCUAAGCAUAUGGAGUCUGCUGCUGUUCUUGCUAAGGAUCUGGGUAAUUGGACUGAAGUUGCUGACUUCUAUAGAAAAGCGUCUGAGUUAUACACAGAGUGUGGAAGACCACAACCUGCAUCAGAUGCUCUUGCAAAGGCUGCACGUGCGCUAGAAGAUGCUGACCCAGAUGAUGCGAUUCAACUAUACACUGAUGCGUGUGAUAUUCUGGAAGAGGAUGGGAAGGAACAAAUGGCAUUUGAUCUUUAUCGUGCUGCUGCUAAUGUCUAUAUAAAGCUUGAGAAAUAUACAGAUGCUGCGGCUUUCCUGUUGAGAUUAGGCUUAGCAGCUGACAAGUGCAAAGCCACCAACAGCCAGUGCAAGGCAUAUCUUAGUGCCAUUGUUGUGUAUCUUUAUGCUCAUGACUUCAAGCAAGCAGAGAAGUGCUACAAUGAUUGUUCCCAGAUUGAUGCUUUUCUGAGAAGUGACCACAGUCGCUGUGCUAGUAAGCUUCUUUCUGCCUAUAGGGAAGGUGAUGUUGAAGAAAUUAAGCGCGUUGCUCAUUCAAGCACUAUUUCAAAUCUUGACAAUACGAUCAUCAAGCUUGCACGAAAGCUGCCUACCGGAGAAGUUACUGCUCUGAAAACCGAUGAUGGUAAAGAUGAAGAAGCACUGGAUGAAAACGAUCUCACAUAGUUUCUCGGAGAAUCAUUGACGGAUUGCUGCAUUUGUUUCAUAAAUGGGUGGGAUUUGGCGAAUUGGUGUGAUUAUACAGCAUACAUAAAAGAGAAAAUUACAAAGUUUGAUGUUACAGUAAUUCAUGUAUGCAUUAUAUUGUGGUGCUGUAAAAAUUAAUUUUUAGUUA